CAAUGGGUGAAUUCACCAAUAUAAUCACUGUAAUUCUUCUCAUCACUCCAUUUAUUCUAUGUGGAGAGUACGAUUUUACAGUCGAAGUUCCUGCCGGAAAAUUCCAGUGCUUUUUUCAACCUGUGGAUCUUGCAAAACACAAAACCCUCGAAGUUGAUUAUCAGGUAAUCGACGGUGGUGACUUAAAUAUCAAUUUCAUGAUACUUCACGGGGCGAACAUUCUGAAGCAGGACCAGCUGAAAGUCGACGGAUCCCAUCGAAUUGAACUGAAUCAACCAGGAGAUUAUCAAGUCUGCUUCGAUAAUUCAUUCAGUUAUCAAUCUCGAAAAGUUGUAUUUUUCGAGAUAUUUUUGUUUGAUGCACAUGGCAACCUCGACGAAGCCGAUUUAUCUGCAAUGGCACGUACUGAUUCUGAUCUUUCUGCAAAAAUGAAUGAACUUGGAGUUACCAUUGAUGAAUUCCAUCGACGAGCAAAUGGAAUCAAGAAUAACCUAAACAAAGUGGAAUAUCAUCAAGCUCUUCUCAGAGCUCAUGAAGCCCGAGAUCGCGCAGUCAUGAGCGCAAAUUUUGAUCGUGUCACAUUCUGGAGCGUCGUUCACACUCUCGUGAUGGUCGGUGUCGCCGGAGUUCAAGUCUUCAUGAUUCGAUCCCUUUUCGAAGAAAACUCAAAAAUUGGAAAAGUUCUCCGAAAAGGAAAAUUUGAUUAAAUUUUCCCAAUUUUGUAGUAUCUAUUGUUAUUUAUCACCGAUGUUUUGUUCCCCUCCGAAUCCCUUUUCUAAGUCAUAAUUUUAACUCAAAUAAUAAUGUGCAUAAUUUAUCAAGUUAUGGGUUUGUUUUUAUCUAUUUUCCAGAUUUUUUGUUGGGCGCUUGAUUAUAUUCAUUGCAAUCGAUUUUUUGUUAUCAAGUAUGUUUUUCUCGUUACCAUAUGAAACAUUUUGAU